AUGGGACCGGAGACGACGCCAGAACGUGUAUGUGAAAAGCUGGCAAAAGUGGUUACACUUGUGCGGCAAGUCGUCGUCGAUUUGUCCUCCGGAGACGGCAUCAUUGCUGUCGACAAAAAUGUGGAGGCGAACGACGUCAUCUGCGAGCUGUCGAAACUCACGGGCGCCCUCGAACGAUGCAUGGAAACGCAGAAAACGGUGAACGAGCUCCUUUCCGGCAAAAUGGUACGUUAAUUGUUCGUCUUGUCUUCUUGAGCGAAGCGGGGGGUCCUUGUUCGGUGGUUAGAGACUGAGAGACACACGAAUCGAAUUAGGCGCUUGCCUGAGAGUCAUUAAUUGCAGAAAUGUACAACAUGUGGCGCGACAUCUGUCGGUUUGGACUGUCACAGCAACGACGGAUCAAGCAGCACGGCGACGACGACGCAACGAUCUUCUGAAGAGCGGCGAAAAGUUUCUGACGAAGAGGAAGGCGACGAUGAAGUCGACGAGAAGUGCUCUUCGGUCGAUUCGCACCGUGUCGCGUCGGUGGACAGCAGCAGCAGUGUGGACGCAUUCGAGCAUCCGAUACGAUCAGUGAGCAGUUCGGUCAGUGCUCCCGCCGACGAAGAAGAAACGAUUGUCAAUGUGAACACGACGGGAGACGCCGCCGACGAUCAUGACAUUGUGAUGAAGACGAUAAUGAACGGAGUUAAGAUGGAGGAGCCGGAAGAACAAGCGAGCACCAAUCAGGAUUCGACACUUUUGGAUCAGUUCCUACAGACCUCACUGCUGGGGAUCACGCCCGAUCUUCUCAAAGCGGAAACUCCGUCCGCCGAAGAAAACGAAGAGGAUCAGAACAGCGCCUUCAUCAGCAACUUCUUCCAAGCCUUCUUCGCCGGACAGAAUACGAAUGGCGCGGUGGACGGCGCAGUCAGUGAGAACACAGAUUCGGCGCAAAACUCGCCGCCCGACGCUAAUCUCACCGAAUCGCUCGCAAUGAUUGAGUCGCUGCUCGCCGAGUCCAACAACUCGGAGCUGAAUGCGUCGGCUGAGAAAGUGUCGCGAAAGCGGAAGAGUACUCCGAUGAAGGUGCCGAAGACGGAGAACGGAGCGGGGUACGUGUGCCCGAUGGAAGGAUGCAACAAGGUGUUCAAGGAGAAAGGCUCCGUUCAUCGCCAUUUCGUCACUCACAUUGGGAUGCGAUUCAAUGUGAGUUACUCUCUAUUUCUUGACCUAAACUUUAAUAUUCCAUUUUUCAGUGCGAUAAGUGCAAGGCUAGCUACACGCAAAAGCACGCGUUGAUGCUUCAUCAGAAGAUACACGCUAAUCCGGACGCGUAUCAAUGCCGCGGGUGUGGGACCAACUACACAACGCAGAACGGACUCCGACUGCACAGACAGGUAAUAAUAAAGUGCCAGAUUAUAUAUAUAUAUAUAUGUAUACAUAUACAUAUUAACGGGAGCGCUGCAGGAUUAGAAUGUGCUCGCAACAACUAAUUAACGUAUUCUCACGCCUAAUUUCAUCUGCUAUAUUUCAGCGCAACCCGACGUGUCUCGAGCUGGCAAACGCGAUGGAGUUCAACAACUUGAACGGAUCGAUGAGCAAGAACUCGACGCCGACGAAACAGACGAUUUCGGCGACCUAA